AACAGGUUCAUCAGGAUUAAACGCAGAUUCACAAAUCUCUUUCUAAAAAACAGCUUGUCUUCAUGUGUCUGAUCGCACACUCGACCGACACCCUGACGAUCCAGAGAGAUUACAUACACAGUUUCAGAUCAACAUGGACCUGCUUAUGUUUAUUUUUCUGGCUGUUUUUCCUGUUAUUUCUGAUGGAUUGAUUGUUCACAGUCGCUCUGGACCUCUGUUUGCUUCUCUGGGAUCUUCAGUGGUUUUGCCCUGUUAUGUUAAUGAACUCUUGCUAAUGAAGGAUCUGAGGGUGGAAUGGAGAAGAACAGACUCAGAGACUCUGGUUCAUCUGUAUCAAGAUGGCGAGAGUCGACCAGAGGAACAGCACAAAGAUUAUCAUCACAGAGCUCAUUUCUUUACUGAUCAGAUUCAACAUGGAAACUUCUCUCUCCGUCUGGACAAUCUGAGAGCUGAAGAUGAGGGACGAUACACAUGUAGAGUUUACAGUCAGCAGGAUUCUGGAGAGACUGUGGUUCAGGUAAAAGAUGUUGAGCGUUUGCUAGUAUCAGGCUCAGAAAAAUCCAUAUCUGUGUCUGUGGGUGAGGAUGUCACUCUGAACUGCUCUGUAGACUCUCACAUCAAACCUGAACACAUUGAAGAGGUUUCAUGGAGGAAAACAGAUGGAGAUGAAGAUAUUCUGGUUCUGCUCUUCCAAAACAACAAGACUUUACAAGAUUCAUCAGAUGAACAAUACAGAGACAGAGCUGAGUUCUUCACUGCUGAAAUCCCCAAAGGAAACUUCUCUCUCAGACUGAAGAGUGUCAGAACUGAGGAUAAAGGAGUUUACAUGUGUCAAGUGUUUGCUGGAGGACUUUCAGCCAAUGCAACUGUAGAACUGGAGCAACUGGGUUUCUCAAUUUUACACACAAUGGCGUUGAUUCUUUGUAUUACUGCAUCUGGAUCUACACUUCUGCUCUGUUUUAUAAUCCACUGCAAAUCACCAAAUAAGGCUCUCAGCGACUCCGCUGUGAAGAAACGUAUCAGAACCCUUGGCUAUCUUCAUGUGUUUCUUCCAAAUAUUAUGAUGUCUGUGGCCUUUGUAUUCUGGGGUGUUACUGAAGGUUUUCUGUACGAGACGGUCUCUUGCUGUGCUCUUUAUAUACUGAGACCUCUUAUGUUGCUUUAUGUUGCACCAUAUUUAGAGAAGAUAAUCACAAAGGCACUUUUACGCGGUACCCCCGAAGCAAUCUAA